AUGAAGAACUUUGAAGAAAUAAAAGUUAUUGGAGACGGUGGCUUUGGCAUAGUCACUAAAUGCAGAGAUAAUGAUACGGGGCAAAUUGUUGCUAUCAAGAAAAUGAAGCAGAAAUUUGCGACUUUUGAAGAAUGCCUUCAACUCAAAGAAGUUAAAUCUCUUCGAAAAAUCAAACAUGAUAACGUUGUUAGAUUAAUGCAGGUAUUUAGAGAAAACGAAUAUCUUUAUUUAGUCUUCGAAUGUUUAGGAGAAUCGUUAUUAAAAACUCUUCAAAAUAGAACAGGACCAUUCACGGAUGCCGAAGUUAGAUACGUCAUGCAUGAAGUUUUAAGCGGUCUGGCCAUAGUUCAUGGUCAAGGAUUUUUCCAUCGCGAUGUUAAGCCCGAUAACCUGCUUUGGGCUGAAAAUGGAAAGCUUAAGAUUGCAGACUUUGGUCUGGCUCGAGAAAUUAAGAGUAAGCCUCCUUAUACAGAAUAUGUUGGAACAAGAUGGUAUAGAGCGCCAGAAAUCAUCAUUCAUCAUCCUUUUUAUAAUUCAUCCGUUGAUAUAUGGUCCGUUGGAUGCAUAGCUGCCGAACUUUACAUGCUUAAGCCACUUUUCCAAGGCACAUCAGAGUGA